AUUGGCGUCAUAUACAGUACAGGUGCGUGGGUUAUUUUACAGACGAGUCCAUGUGGGCGUUCGGUGGUCGUGGGCGGCCGGGACUUCAUGGGCAUGGGAUUGCUUGUGUGGAGGAGGUGGCCCUUGAAGGAUAGGUCUCGGGAGCAGGUCGUCAUGAGUGGUCAUGAGAUUCACCAGCUGGAGUUCAGUUCGAACGGCAAAUUCGUCGGAAUCCUUUCCACCCGCGAAUCCUCGUACGAGGCGGACGGACGCGAGGCCGAAGACGAGGAGGAGGCAGGGAUCAAGGUAGAAGGCGAGGGUCAGCAGAAAGAUCAAACCGCCGGCGAAGGAGAGAAGAGGACGAAGGAAGGAGAGACGGAGGAGAGAAGGAAGGGGAGAAAGGGCACGUCCGCAGAGAGAGGACACGAACUCCUCUUGUCCCUGUGGAAGUGGCCAGAGAUUGACGAAGGGGGAGGAGCCGAGAGCCCCGUGGAAGCAGGCGUCCCCCAGCGCCUCGUGAUGACCAAAGUGACGCAGCUCAGGUCGCACCAGGUCACGCGGAUGUCCCUGUCGCGCGGGGUACCACAAAGCGUGCUGGCGGUGGUCAUUGCAGCCGAGGACGAGCUGUGGGUGUGGCGGCUGCAGGAGGGUCCCUUAGGGCGGCGCCUCGUGUCCUCAACGAUCGGAUUCGGCCUCCUGCCUCCCGACACAGUCCUGACCACCUGGUGCCUCAGCGGGGACGCGUUCGCGCUGGGCGUGGGCGGCGGCUGGGUCAUGGUGAGCGCGGGCGGCGAGGUGCGGGCGCGGAUGGGCGGUGCAGGGCGAGGCGGCACCUGUCACGACGGGCCGCUCACCGACCUGUAUCUGCAUGGCUCGCACCUGUACACCACCGGCGGAGACGGGUGGCUACGAGUGUGGGAGGCCGAGACACUCGAGGAGGCGGCGGUGACGGCGGCAGGCAACACUGCCCACGAAGGCUGGUGUGAAACGGGCGUGAGGACAGUAUCCCUCCAGUUAGUGAGGGAAGUGUUGGUCCACGUCGGCCCGGGCGCCCCCGUCACCCUCAUCCCAGCCCUCGCGCCUCACCUGGUGUGGAUUCUUCAGACCGACUCAGGCGUGGUCUACGGGGUGUGGGGGCGAAAGUGGGCGGCAGAAGUAUUACAUCAGGGGCCGAGUGGGCGGGUCACGGGAGUUGCCAUGGCGACCACCCACGCUCUCUUGGCUACGACGACCCAACAUCGGUAUCUGCAGGUCACGCCCCUACCUCUGAGCUACCCUCCGGCCGGGGUCGGCGAGCCGGCGACGGUGCCAACUGCGCUCGCCGCGGCACCUGUGGACGGCGACCCGACGUGCGUGAGCUGGGCCACCUGUCAGAUCAGCGGUGAGGACGACCUACUGGUACUCGGUCUGAGCGACGGCGCCCUCAACGUGUUCCUUCUGCACACAUCCCCCAAGGACCCCCGGGAAAAGCUCUCUCUCGUGCAGGUCGAACGCCCACAUGAGUCCCCCGUCGCCCUCAUCGCUACGAAAUUAAAGAAAACGGGUACAAUUGACAAAGAAAACGGCAAAGAUGAAAAUGCAGGGGAAGCUCCUCUAUUAGUGACAGCCGGGGAGGAUUCAAGGUUGUUCAUUUUCCGCCUCGUACGAGUAGGGAAAGUGACCAAACUGGAGCCUGUCGGGUACUAUCAGUUGCUUGAUAUUCCGGAACGAAUUAAGAUUAAGUCUGACGUGAUUCACGUAGAGACGAGCACAGGCGUGGUAUUCGAGGUGACCGCUGACCUGAGCUCGACCUCGCGCCCUUCGCCCGAAUCCUGGCGUCUACACCAUCACUCGAGCCCCCGGGAGGUCUGGCAGACGGAGACCACUGUUCAGAGGCAACUGCUGGAGGAGGUGACGGAGUCCUAUUGCGCUCCUGACGCUGUGGUUCUCGCUGUGCCGUCGCCGGACGGAGAGACCAUCGUAGGCGUGACAUCGAGAGGAGACGUCGUUCAUCUCCAUCUCUCUCAAACGACGUCUUACAGCGUCAGACUCGCCCGAAGGCAGCCUUGUGCAGCUCCCUCGGUGUCCCACUCCCCGACGCUCGUCCUGCCUCCCGGAGACCCGUGUGACGUGAUAGAGGAUGGGAGAGGGGCGUUCGGGCGUCGGGCGGUGGUGGGCGUGAGCGAGGACGGGUCGUGGGCGGCGGCGUGGGUGUCGGGCGGAGACCUCUUCCUGUACAGAGCCCGAGGAGCCUCCUUCCCCCUCCCUCAGGAACUGCCGGCACAUCUACGCCUAGUGGGCGUGCGUGGCGCGGGCGGGGGCGCGGCCGGUCUCAGCCUGGAGCAGAGGGCGCAGAAGGAGGCGGGGGAGAGGCGAAAGACCGCCAUGGAGGAGAGAGCGGCGCUGAUUCAGCAGAAACUCUCAAAACUCAAGUGGGACUUCAGGAAAUUAUCUCUUAGAGCUGACGAAAUCGAGGGCGGUAGGCUGCUGUUAGAAGACGUGCCCCUCCACCCCGCCAUCACCACAUCGCUGCAUAAACAUACCACCGAUAACAUGAACAAGGUAGUAGCUGGGAGUAGCAGCGAAUUGGAGCGUCUCGAGGUCCUGCUGGGGAAGCUGAGGACUUUGUAUUCGUGGAGUCCUCUGGUGUCCUCGCUGUCCGUCAAGGCGCUUGGUUCGGACGAAACCCUGUCAAGUAUGGACACGUCCGAACAAGUCUUUGCUCUCCUUGUCCGCCUCGCCCAGCUGCGUCAGAGCAACACGGUGGUGGGGGGAGCGGCUCUGGUGGGGGGCCCUGCAGAGGUGGAAAACGGUCAGGGGGACCCCGUCGUGCAGGUGAAGGAGCUCCUAGAAUACUGGCUGAAGGCGAUUCGUUCAGACCAGAAAAACAGUCAAGCCGUCCCCAUUCCAAACCCCGACCCGGACGAGGAAGAGGACCCAGGAGAAGAGCCAGAGGCCCCGCUGAGGGAGGAGGCAGCCCCCGUGGAGGGCGGCGGCUCCGUGGGGGGCGGCGGGCCCGCUUCUGAGGGCGCGGCGGGAGGAGGAGGCCACCUGGCGGCCGACCCCAGCGCCAGCGCCGCCCUCAGGCCGACCAGGACUCCUGACAAUCACGAGGGAGACACAGGUGAUGAGGAGGAGACCCAGACCAUCGCAGCUCUCCAGGCACAGGUUCGUGAAGCCGUCGCUCGAGUGGGAGCAGCGGGGAGGAGUGGAGGAGGAGGAGGUGGCGGAGGUGAAGGUGGAGCCUCUGAGGCCGACCUCGACGUGGGAAGAGAACUCAAGUGGAGGAGGAUGGCUCUCAAUCGGCUGAAGGAUUACAGGAACAGGGAAGAUUCAAGGACGACCAAGCUAGUGGACUACAAGGCCAAGCACUCACUCCCCCCGGAGGAAGGAGGCCACAAGGACGAAGGCGGAGAUGGAGGCGGCGACGGAGGCGGCGGCGGCGGCAGUGAAGUCGAGCCGCCCUUCGACAUCGAGAACGAGGUUAAGGUUCCUCCUCCGAGCGUGAGUGUGAGGGCAGUGGAGGCUCAGCUGUGGACGCUGCUGGGAAAUCUCGAGAUCGAUUGCAAGAAGAUAAGGGAAAACGUGAACCGCAUUGCAAGAGUCCAAGAGAACCUUUUGCAACAAGUGAACCUGUUCCGUGCAGAGUGGGGGCAUGCGCUCUUCACGCUUCCGCACCUUCCUCAUCAUCUGCAGGUCCAGGUUUCGGACGAGCUUGUGAACGAGUUCUACUGCGACCUCCUCGAGCUGGAGGAAUGCGAGGAUGCGGACGACGUAACAGGAGGGCGAGCGACGAGGACCGUAGACGAGACCCACGCCCACGCCCAUGCCACGGCGGCGGGGGCGGGGAGGAAGAGGCUGUCGAGGAAGGGCAGCGAAGGGACGGACGUGCCGCCCCUGAGUCUCGCCGCCACGCCCCGCGCUGCCAAGACGCCCAAGGCCCAGCAGACCGCCCGAAGCCCACGCGCCGUCGCCACCGCCCGCACGCCCUCCAACUCGACCUCCCGCACGCCCAGGACGACGCAGCGCAGCGGCCGGGGGCGUCGGAGUGUCAGGGAGUCGCCGAAGCCGCCGCCCACGCCGCGGCCGCCCAUGAGUCUGGAGCAAGUGCAGAUGAUCCAGCGGCGGCGCACCAACUACUUGUCUUCGCUGAUUCAGGUUCCGGAGCAAUUGAAGGACCUGGCGCGGGAGGCGGACCGCGAGCUUAGCCAGUGCAGGAGGGCGGUCGUUGGGGAGCGUGGGCGGCUGACGUGGGCGGUCUUGCGGGCGGGGCAGCUCGUGAAGGCCGUGGGCGUGAGAGUCAAGUACAAGGAGGCCGAGAAGAAGCUGAGAUUGGCGCUGCAGGAGAAGAUUCAGGAACGACAUGUCAUUAAGGAAAAGGUGCUGGGCCUCCGCGAGAGGAUCCACGAGUACGACCUCGACCUCGAGUGCCUGGAGAGCCUGGAGAACGAGGUCGACCAAGCCUUCGCCCACCUCGUCACCGACCACGCGCAGUUCGAGGUGCAACUCACGCGCUACUUCGAGUCGCGGACCUCGGCAGGUCCGGCGAGGCGGGACUCCGUCUCCAGCAGGAGCAGCGGCGACGGCGAGGACGGCGAGGACGACGGCGGCGACAACGACUCGGGGCUGGGGAGCGACGAGGCCCGGGUGGGGGGAGAGGAGGGGGGUCCGCGCCCCCCCGGCUGCGACCCCGCCGUGUUCUCGCUCGUCACUGUGCUCCGGGAUCUGAGGUGGCGCGUGGCGGGGGCGGCGGAGAGCGUGCGCAAGGAGAGGGCGAUCGAGGACCGGCGCCACACGGCUGUCCUCCGGCGCCUCGUGAGGGCCAACCACCUGACCCACGGCGCCCUUGGGAGUCUGACGGGGCAGGAGGCAGCAAGAGAAUCCGAGCUCGGAGCCAUACCGACGGUCGUGUGGUUGAGGAAAAGCCAAACCGGCGGGAGUCUGUCCGGUGUAACACGUCUUCCUAUACCAAAUACCGAGAUGGACAGCCUGGCUGCCGUCCGGUGGGUUGGGGAGGGGGAGAGGGGCGGCGAGGGGGAGGCCACGCUGCUCACCGGCGACCACCUGCGCCAGCUGGAGCACCGCGUCGCCCUGGCAAAGAAGACGCAGGAUUUGGCCGCCAAGAAACGCAGAGAGGGUCGGGCAGAGCGUCGGUACCUUGCUAUGCAGGUGGAGCAGCUGCGGCGCAAGUUGGACCACCUGCGGAACACCUGCCAGGUGUCACGCGAGUGCAAGCUGGGCGUGGGCGCGGAGGCUGACCUGACGGCGGUGGAGGAGAAGCUGGCGGCGUCGCUCGACCUGCGCUGGCCCGGGAAAAUCGCCAACCAGCAGUCUCGACAUAUCGCCAACAUGAAGCAGUUGCAGACCGAGGUGUCCGGCAGGACGAGGGAGCUGCGCGCCCUCCAGCGGGAGGAGGCAGCCCUGGCGGCGCACAUCCUCGCCCUUCGUCAGGAGAAAGACCACCUGCACUACCACUUGGCUCAAACGCCCACGCUCUCGGACGUCUUUCCACCUGCUGUAGUAGUUCGUUGGCUCUGCCUUUGGUUUGACUGUGUGUGUGUGUGUGUGUGUGUGUCUGUGUGUGCGUGUGCGUGUGCGUGUGCGUGUGUGUGAGUGUGCGUGUGUGUGUGUGUGUGCGUGUGCGUGUGCGUGUGCGUGUGCGUGUGCGUGUGCGUGUCUGCACAUGUGUUCACGAGACAAGGAAUUAUUUAGAAAAUCAAUAAAGCUCUUGAUCAUUGUCUACAUUCCAGCCGCCGAAUGCAGUGUUAUUUGAUAAAACAAAAAUAUUGUUUCAAUAAGUACAAAGCAGAUCUUGGGUUAAUAAUGAAAUUGUUAAAUAAUUUUUAUAUAAGCAAACAAGACAUUUAAUUCAUGCAGUUGUAUGAAGAUCAGUAGCUGCUUAUGAUCACAAAUUACGUUGCAAUAUAUUUCAUUAAAUUUUAUUCCAACCGAUGUUUGUUAUCUUUCAUUUUUGAUGAUGUGUGAUGUGCGAUUGUUUUUACCUUUCGUACAAAGGAAUGUUUGUUCAACAAUUAUUAUUUGUCUCCAUGCUAGAACUAAUCGUUUCCAUGAUCUUGUACCUGGGUAUAAGGAUUCUUAAUACGGUAUUUUGUUUAUUUAUUAUUAUCUUUUUAAAUCAAUUUCAAUCUAAAAGAAUCUAUACAUCGCAAAUCUUUAUGGAUCAAUGUGAAUAUUUGAGGAUAGUGACGUAAUGGAAAAUAUUAAGUAAUCAGACUGAUGGAAAUGGAAAUGAUCGCAAUAAAACUUUACUUAGCAUUUUAUACACAAUUAAUUAGAUUUUUUUAAGGGGUGAGUGGUGGGAGGGGGGGGGGGGUUAGGGGGUGGUCACGCUUUGUUGGCUAACUUUUCUUGUCUCAUUAAAAGACUGAGGUGGAGUUCGUGUUACGUAAGCGCUGCAACGGCUCCAUUACUCUUAAAUAUUCACGAGCGAGGAAAGGGGGAAUGCUGCAAGUCGUAAUGCGUGCUUGUUAUGCUUUAAAAGGGGCUGUUUGCGUGCGCGAGGAGGCAGGUUGAUGAAGGACGGCGUACGGGGUUCGUGAGUGUGUGUGUGUGUGUGUGCGUGUGCGUGUGCGUGUGCAUGUGCGUGUGCGUGCGUGUGUGUGUGUGUGUGUGUGUGUGUGUGUGUGUGUGUGUGUGUGUGUGUGUGUGUGUGUGUGUGUGUGAGUGUGUGUGUGCAUGUGUGUGCAUUUAUUUUUCUUUUUCUCUAUUAAUAAUAACAAAGAUAAUUACAGUAACCUAAACUAGAUUAAUAAACCAAAUAAUCCCAUUCCCCAUGCCUGAUAUACCACAUCAUGAACCGCUAAAUAACUCCCCCUAAUUUUAUCACGAAGUUCAAUACUGUUACGUGUCUCAUUCUGUGUGUGUGCAGGGAGGCGGAGGAGGGGGGGCGACGGCGAGGGGGAGAGGGAGGGCAGCUGCAGGGGCCAGGAGAGCCGUCGGAGGAACCCAGGAGCUGGAGCGUCUCAAAACUAAGCUCUCGCAUCAGGACGCCACCAUUUCUGCACUUAGACGCGAGAUCAGCGUCCUGCGCAGCAAAACGGGCUCCGUGGUGCUCCCCGGCCUCCCCGCACCCGAUGCCCCGAAAGCGCCACGCCCCUCGAGUGCCCAGCUGCCUCUCUUGUCCGCCAGGAGCACCGAGCAGUACGCCGAAGGAGAGCUGGCCCACUUGGUCGGCCAAGAAGGGCUCCUACCCCCCAUCCCUCGCGAGGACUCCCCUGACGAAGGAGCUCGCGCCUCGGGGGAGGGGGACACCAGCGGGGGGAACACCGUGCGGUUCGGGAGCGACGGCGACGGAGACGACGAAGGCGAGAGUGAGGCUGCUACCUCUGACGGCUCGGUUUGAGGAUGUCUUGUCUGUCCUUGGGUGUGUGUUGUGUGGGAGUUCCCUUCUCUUCCCAUUAAUUGCUUAUCAGUUCAUUGCUUGACAGAUUUUUUUAUCUUCAGUGUGUGCGCAGUUCAUUGCUUGACAGAUUUUUUUUUAUCUUCAGUGUAUGCGACUAAUAUUGUGAUGUGAUGGAAUGUUACAACUAGAACCCUGGGAUCCUCACUUCUAUGUUUUAAUGGUGUAUAUGUGUUUGGUAAAUAUUAAUUUUCUUUUUAUCAUACAAUAUAUAAAGGAUAUGGUUCCUUGUUUUAUUUUUACAUGUUAGUCUUUUUUUCAUGGUAAUCUAAAAUUACAUUAACCUAGGAAAAAUAUGCAUUUCCAGGAUGUACCACAAUGUGAUUAUUCUGAGCUUUAAUUUUUUGUACUAUUUGUUUCUCUCCUUUUUUGCUUCUUCGUCAGUUCAAUAUUUUGUCCAUCAGAUAUUUCUAGAAAAAUCACAUCAAAACCAUGAAAGAAAUCUCAUUAACACAAUAUAAGGUCUAUGAAAUAAAAAGAACUGUUUAUAAUGUAACUAUAUUUAUUUCCUAUAAUAAAUUAAAAAAUAAAUAAUGGCGACUGGUUCUGGCUGACAAGAUAACAGGUGGGCGACUGGAGUGAAUAAAAAAUAAACAAAUAAAUAAGAAUUCCACAAAUUCCAAAUACUUUCUUUUUAUUUUCCUUCCUUCCUUUCUCUGGUGCUGGAGACGUGCAAAUGUAGAAUUUUGCUUACACAUUCGGUCCCAUCACAAAAUACAAGAAUAUAUGGGGUAAGUGUCUAUAUCACAAAAACCCUUAUAUUCUUACAUGAUUCCACAAUAUAUUUGACACAUCUUACAUCCUUUAAAAAUAAAGUGGUUUUUCUUAUAGCAAUGUAACAAAUAUAGAAAAUAUGGGGGUAUCGAACCCCCUUUUUUACUUCUUCUUUCCUUUCAUAUUCCAAAGUCAGUGAUCUUUUAAUAUCACACAUACAUAAGAUUUUGUAAAUGUUGGGAUAUUUUAUUUGAUCAAACAUAUUGAGGUAAAAGACUUGUACAUCAAGUUCAGACACCCAAAAUAACAUUGAUAAUAAAAAAUACCCCUGCUCCAUAUAAAAAUACGAAUAAGAGCAAAAAUCCGAGAUCUCAUACAUAUUGGAACAUACAAAAUUUAAGAAAGAAAACUUUACACAUUAGAUAACAGAUCACUUUUCUCCCUUUCCUUUUUUCCUCCUCUAAGAAAAAGACAGUAUCAUUAUCAUAGCUGCCAGCCAAAACAAUACUAUUGUAACCCAACACCAAGAAGUUUUUCUUAGCAGCCCUCCAAAAUACCUGGGACCUUCGUAAACUUUUCCGCCAAUCGCCCACCCUGAAAAACAACCUUUAACCCAUAGAAGGCAUUGUGUUACUUCACCAUUAAAUAUGGGUUUGGCGAUUAAAAAAAAAAAAAAGGAAUAAAAAAAAAGGAAAAAAAUUUGCCGUUCAUUACUGCUGACUCACAUGACACCAUCAUGUCAGCAGCUCUAAAAAUACAACAAUUUUCAUAUUUUCUUCUUCUUUCUCUUAAGUUUUGAGUCUGGUAUCUUCAUUCCAUACAGCUUUCUAGCAGAUGGGAUUGUAUAUUGGCAGCAAAUAGAGUGAAAAUGAAGACUUACAUCCUUUCUUUAAUUUCAUUAAUCUAGUAAUUUUAUAUUCAAUUCAGCAGCAUACGGAUGAAAUCCUAUAUCCCCCUAAAGAGAAAUUAGAAUGCAUAUAUAUAAUACAUACCUUUUCUAUUUUUUUUUUUUUAGAAACUGAAGAAUGAAGUCCUCAAAAAAAUUUAAGUAUAAAUAUCCAUUUCCAAACAUUCUGCUGCCACAGAUAAUCCAGACCAAUUAUUUUUAUUUACACAGACAUCAGAGGCGAUCCACAAACUUUUAUUUAAAAAAAAAAGUUCCCCCGAAAGAUGCUUAACCAUACAAAAAGGUAAGGCCAUUUAACUCCUGAAACUUGUGGAUUACCUGAAAUGUAUGAGACGAUCAAUUGCAAAUCUCGGGUCAAAAGUAUUAUAUAUAAAAAGGUUUAAAGAUCAUUUCAACUUUAUUGAAUACUGGAAGGUUGAGUACACCUCAUCCACAAUGUACCAGUCACAAUAAAAAAAUGAACAAAAAUGGAAUAAAUAAGUAAAUAGUCAAUGAGGAUUAUUUCAUAUUAUUGUAUUGGAUAGUAUGUUAGUGUCAAGUGUUCUAUGCCAGUCUCAAAAUUAAUCCCCAUAACUAAAGAAUAA